AUGUGACUCUAUCUCCCACUCCACUCUGUUCGCAACAACCACAACAAUUUAGGAGCACCACAAACAUGGGGCUUCUUAAAGAAACUCUUGGCUUCCUGUUACUUUAUCUUCUUUCACUUGAGGUUGCACACGCCAGGAGCUGCUCCACUUUUUUCUGCAAUAAACAUCUCCGCGUCAGUCGCCCCAAUGGAGUCGACCCGGGUUCACCUCUUUUCCUCACUCCCUACCUGGAGAAGGGUACCAUAGAUGAAGCCAGAAAAUUGAGUUUGGUUGGUAAACUGCCCGGUGCCAAUGUGAAGAGCUAUGCUGGCUAUUUCACAGUCAACAAGGACUACAACAGCAACCUCUUCUUUUGGUUUGUCCCCGCACUUAUGCCAAACCGGGACAAGGCUCCUGUUCUGCUCUGGCUGCAGGGGGGCCCCGGGGGCACCUCACUGUUUGGUCUGUUUGUUGAACACGGCCCAUAUGUGGUCUAUAAAAACAUGACUGUGGGGAUGAGGGAGUACGCUUGGACAUCCAGAUAUUCUGUGCUAUACAUUGACAAUCCGGUUGGCACUGGUUUCAGCUUUACCGAUGACAACAAAGGUUUUGCUCAGAAUCAAGACGAUGUUGGCCGUGAUCUAUAUAAUGCACUCACACAGUUCUUUCAGAUGUUCCCAGAAUAUCAAGACAACGAAUUUUAUGCAACUGGAGAGUCUUAUGCUGGAAAGUAUGUCCCAGCUGUGUCCUAUUACAUCCAUAAAAACAAUCCCUCUGCCAAAAUUAAGAUUAAUUUGAAGGGGAUGGCGAUUGGUGAUGGACUGUGUGAUCCUGAAAUGAUGCUGGGUGGCUAUGGCGAGUUCUUGCGUCAAACUGGAAUGAUUGAUGAAGUACAAAAGGACUAUGUGAAUCAGCAGACUGACCUGGGAGUCAAGCUCAUCCAGCAGGAGAAAUGGAUUGACGCAUUCAAAGUCUUUGAUAAGCUGUUGAAUGGCGAUAUAGACCCAUAUCCAUCCUUUUUCCAAAAUGUUACAGGCUGCACCAACUACUACAACUACAUGACAUGUAAAGAACCCGAGGACCAGGAGUACUUUGGGCAGUUUGUGACCCUGUCUUCAGUGCGGAGAGCCAUACAUGUGGGUAACCUGACCUUUCACGAUGGUUCAGAGGUGGAGAAAUAUCUGAUGCAGGAUGUCAUGAAGAGCAUCAAGCCUUGGCUGGGAGUGCUCAUGAACAACUACAGGGUGUUGAUCUACAGUGGUCAGCUGGAUGUGAUCGUGGCUGCGCCCCUCACAGAGAGGUUUCUGCCCACUGUGAACUGGAGCGGAGCUGCAGAGUUCAAAAAUGCCUUUCGUUUCCCUUGGAAGAUUCAGCCCAGCGACCCAGAAGUGGCAGGUUAUGUUCGACAAGUGGGAGAGUUUUUCCAGGUCAUCGUUCGAGGAGGUGGACACAUUUUGCCCUACGACCAGCCAGCACGCUCCUUUGACAUGAUGGACAGGUUCUUAUCCACUGUUGAGUAUGAAAAGUAGCCCCCCCCCUUUUUUUAACAAAUUAGAAGAAAUACUGACCACUCUUAAAAGUAUUGAUUUUCAAAAAUGUAAAUUAACAGACACAAUGCUUGACUGCUGUUUGGGAGUUGGGACAGUGAGGGGAAAGUUGUUAUCAAAUAAUAAUGUUCAAAUACUUGAAAUGAUUUUAUUUUAUUUUUUAAUAAAGUGAUUACAAGCC